GAAAUUUCUCAGAGUUCUUCCUCUACCAAGUGAAAACUGGAGUGCUUUAGUUGAAGAGUGGUGUUGUCACCCUGACCCCUUUGCCAGAAGCACUUUAUACCCUCAGCAUGACGACUGUCUUCUUGGAGACACUUUUUUUCUGUUGAAUUCAGGAAAUGAAUCACAUAAAUCAAAGGAAAAUACCAGAGUAAUUUGUAAGCGCUGCAAGACAAUGCUGGGAGAAACAGUAUCAUCAGAUACCAUUAAAUAUUAUGUCACCGAGGUGACUAUUCGACCAUCUGAGAGAAGUUUCAGCCCAACACCAAGGUCUCAAUUUGUACAGAGCAUGGUUGCUCAGAUUCUUGUGGAAUUGUCCUCUGCUAAAAGCACGUUUAGAUUCACUGUAACAGGGGAUAAUGGAAAAAUCUAUAUUCUGAUAUGGCUUUUAAAUUCUGACACAUUGCUGGUGGAGUCUUUAGGAAGUUCCUCCUCCCACAGUGUUUUUACACUGUUUGGGGAUAUUUUCAUGCCUAGUUCUGGACCAGUGGGGACCUGGAAUGCUGUCAAAGUUCUUUACCAGCCGUGCAUUAAAAGCAAGAAUAAGGAGUAA